CCUUGGGCACAACCUACUCGCUCCUCUACUAGCGCAGCGCCGCCCCACAUCCGCCCGAGGCGCCGCCGCCGCCGCCAGCAUUGUGCAGUUGUUGGAUCCCUCAGACUGAAAUGCUUACCAAAGGGAGGAGAGUUGCUGGAAGGGGUGAAGACAUGUCUGCACAUUAUGCAUUUGGGCCACAUGAGGAUGAUGCGAUUAUUAAACACCGGCUUCUGACCAGGACUACAACUACCAGGGGCGAACCACCCCUAAAGAAGCUCCAAAAGAAGUUCAUGUCCUUUGCUACCGAGGUUGAGAAGGAUGCAGACAAUACAAGUGACUGUGAGAAGCUGUACAAGGCCUUUCUACAGGAAAUUAACACGUUUGAGCUGCCUCUUCUUAAAAGCAAGGCUGUAGUUGAUGCAAACCUUAGGGAGAAGGAGAGCUUCAAUGAGCUGCAGGUUGAGAUCCAGCGGCAAAUCUUGCAAGCUCAGACUGAUAUUGAGGAUCUUAAGAAGCAACUUGAACAAAGCAAGAUCGAGAGGCAGCACAAAGAGGAGUGCGAAGCGAUAAGAAAACUGAUUUCAUUGCAGCCUCCGCGGUCAGAAACCGAGAAACUCAUCGCUGAUCUUGAGAAGGAGAUAUCUAAUUUGGAGGCUGAGAGUGCAGCAUGUACAAGGACAUUAGAGCUUAGGAAGAAGCAGUUUGCUCUUCUUCUGCAUGUGGUGGAGGAAUUGCAAAUCUCAAUCGAAGAUGAGCAAAGGAGCAUAGCAGAUGAGCUGAGAGCCGCCACUGAAGAACCAAAGAUGAGCAUAGAGGAGGGCAGCGGCGGUGCUUCAGAUGCAAUGGCUGUAGACUGAUCGGUUAUCUUAGCACUAGCGAGCUGCAUACCCUGCACGCUCAAACAUUCUUAGUUUUGGGGCACUGUAUCUUUAUUAGUACUUUGUAUGAAGAGAAAGAAGAAUACAUUGAGGCCUAAAGCCCCCACCUCUGGAUUGUAACUUGUAGCGUAAUUAUUUGAGGCAACCGGCGGUGCCAACAAUGUGAUGCUUUUGCUAUGGUUGUAGUGGGAGUAUGUCAGAGUGUUU